UGGAGUUCCUAAAGAAACGGUUGUAUAAAUACUUGAAAUCAAAAUCAAACCCUCAAGUACAGAAAAAGAUUCAAUAGUGACAACCAUGAAAGUCCUUCUCCUUCUGGCCUUAUUGGCUGUAUCGGCUUUAGCCGCUCAAAAGCGCUAUGACGGAUACAAGGUUAUCCAAGUGAAACCGAAAAAUGUGGCUUCAUUCAACGCCCUCGCCAAACUUUACAAGGAACAGAACAGCAUCUACGACUUCUGGACCGAGCCACGAAGCCUCGAUGAAUCCAUCGACAUCAUGGUUCCACCCACUCAUGCCAAGGAAUUCGAAAGAAUUUUGCGAACAUACAAUUUGGAACACCGAGUCAAAAUCCAAGAUGUCCAAAGUGCCAUCGAUGUCUCCCGAAAAGACCAGGCUUCUCCAACUAACGUGAAAGAUCCUCGUUCCCGUUCUGGCUCUUCUCGUUACGCGGUGAACUGGACUCAAUAUUACGACUACACCGCGAUUUCCGUAUUCCUUGCCCAAAUGGCCCAAGCUCACCCUGACAUUGUAACUUUAAAAACCAUCGGCAAGACGCACGAGAACAGGGAGAUGUACAUGGUCAAGAUUUCCAACACACCAGCCAACAGCAACGUCACCAAAAACGCCAUUAUCGUUGAUGGAGGUAUUCAUGGUCGCGAAUGGAUUUCCCCUGCCUGGACCACUUGGCUUAUUAAUGAAUUAGCUGAGAAUUAUGCGGCCCACCCCCAAUACGUUGACAACCUGGACUGGUAUAUUCUGCCCGCAAUGAAUCCCGACGGUUACGUGUACUCCUUUGCCGACGAUCGCCUGUGGCGUAAAAACCGCAAUCCAGUGAACGGCCCCUGCGUCGGCAUUGAUCUCAAUCGCAACUUUGGAUUCCACUGGAAUGAAGGAGGAGCUGCCGGAAAUGGGUGUGACCAAACCUAUCACGGACCAUCGGCUUUUAGCGAGGAUGAAAGCGCCAAUGUUCGUGAUGCAAUUCUUUCUGUUGCCGAUCGCACAAAAGCUUACCUCACUAUUCACUCUUAUGGUCAAUAUUGGCUUACUCCUUGGGGUUACACAGCCGACUUGCCCGAAGACUAUCCUCUGCUUUUUGAUUUGGCCCAAAAGGCUGUAAACAACUUAACGGCUGUCUACGGAACUCAGUACACCAUUGGAUCUUCCACCAAUGUUCUUUAUGUUGCAUCCGGAGGCAGUGAUGAUUGGGCAAAGGGUGGGGCUGGAAUUCCCUACUCUUAUACUGUUGAGCUACGAGACACGGGGGAUUUCGGUUUCUUACUUCCAGCUGAGCAAAUCAUCCCAAAUAAUCUGGAGUUGUGGGAAGCUACAAAGGUCAUCGCUGAAUUCGUUAUGGAAAUCGUUAAUUAAUUCCGACAUACUAAUUUUCCCCUUCCUUCGUCUUGAAAGUAUGCCCCGUUACAAAUGGCUGUUCGAGUCAAUUAAUUUUCUCGACUGCAUGUAUGUUAGUUAUUCCAAUAAAAUCGUGACAGAG